AUGGGCGCCGAGCAGCCACGACGCGCUGCACUUUUCGAUGCGCAGGGCCGAGCCGGGCGUUGGACCCCGCUGCAGCUCCAAAUUCAUGGCUCCUCUCGAGCCGCUUUUUUGUCCGCAAGCAGCUGCGACCAGCUGCAGCUGCGACCAGCUGCAGCUGCAGCUGUAUCUGCACGCACCGCAAGUCGACGCGCUGAAUUUGCGCCCAAAUUGACGCUCCCGGGUCCGAUCCCCGCUGCAGGCGACACUCCAAGUGGAGCAGCAGCGGCGCAGCGAGCGCGCGAGCGAUUGAUCUCUCGUGCUUCCCCCGACGCACUCUUUGGCACUCUCGCACGCCACUCUUCCUCGGCCCUCCCGCGCUCGACUGCUGUGCUGCUGUUCCGUCAUUCGAGCCGGUCUGCUCGCUCCGCUCCACUUGACGUCUCCUCACCUCCUCCCACCUUUCCGCCUCCUCAUCUCAACCUCACCUCGACCUCCUUCGCCUUGCUUGCACGCCAAAUCUACCUGUCGUCGCACUGUCAUCGCACUGCCAUCGCAUUGCCAUUCUCAACUGGCAUUUCGACUCGCGCUUCGGCUUCGCUGCACACCUGCAAGUAG